UGUCAGCCCUCUAUGAGAAACGGUUUAAUAAAAAGAUUAUGACUACUAUUAUAUACCCUCAGCGCCGGGAUGGGAGGCCAGUGUACAACCCGUGCGGCAAAUAUAUGAUUAAAUUUAAUUUAAAUGGCGUUUUGAGAAAAGUAUUGAUUGACGAUCGACUCCCAGUGGACCGAUACGGACAACUCCUGUGCUCCUACUCUAGCAAUCGCAAUGAGUUUUGGGUGUCUUUACUGGAGAAGGCCUACAUGAAAGUGAUGGGCGGCUAUGACUUCCCCGGCAGUAAUUCUAACAUAGACCUCCAUGCGCUGACUGGUUGGAUACCUGAGCGGCUGUCAGUCCACGGCAAUGAGUCGGAUAAAGACCGCACUUUUAAGAUGCUGUGCGAUCGGCACUCG